AUGAGUGCAUCUGUGUCGUCUGGCGACAGUCCGCCUACAGAUGUGACAACGAAACGGAAUCAAAUGGACCUACACACAGACGCACACGUCAAGUACUUAGCUGCCUUUGGCAAGUCACAAGACGAUUAUGAGUACCAUAUGUCCGAACAUCUGCGCUUGAACGGGAUAUACUGGAGCCUGACCGCACUAGACAUGUGUCAUAAACUCGACGAAAGCGUGGAUGUGGAUGAGGUUUUUGCCUUUGUCAUGGCCUGUCAGCACCCCAGCGGUGGCUUUGGUGCGGCCGAAGGGCAUGACGCACACAUCCUGUUCUCAUUGAGUGCCAUUCAGAUACUCCUGAUUAUAAAUAGAAUAGACCAGUUGGAUCGUCGGCUGGUGGGGCAGUACUUGAUGGGUCUGCAGAAUGAAGACGGGAGUUUCCGUGGUGAUGAGUGGGGUGAGGUUGAUACCAGAUUCUCGUUCUGUGCUCUGGCGGGGCUGAGUUUGCUGGGGUUCAUGCACAGUAGUGAUCCAGGUGCUAUAGAUAAAGGUGCAGAUACCGCAGAUAAGGGGACAGAUGCUGUAGAUAGCGGUCCAGUCCCUACAGAUAAGGGGACAGGUGCAGAUCACGGUGGUGUGUGUAGUCGAAGUGGGAGCGAUACCCAAGACAGUAGAGCCACCGGUGCGGGUAUUAAUAUAUUCGCGCUGGAUCUGGACAAGGCGAGUACUGGCACGGGGAAUAGCAAUGAUAACUCGACCAAACAUGCACUGGACGGACUCUUCGAGGGGGAGAUAGACAUACAAACAGGGCUGGUGUGUGAGUACGCGGAUAUAGAUAAGGCCGCCCGGUUUGUGCUGAGGUGCAAGAACUUUGACGGGGGAUUUGGGUCACUGCCUGGGAGCGAGACACAUGCGGGACAGAUCUACUGUUGUGUGGGGGCCCUCGCCAUUACAAAGAGUUUGCACCACGUUGAUAGCGACUUGUUGGGCUGGUGGCUUGCGGAGAGGCAAACGCCCGGCGGAGGUUUAAAUGGAAGGCCUGAGAAGCUGCCGGAUGUAUGGCCCGCUGUGGAAUGUAACCGCAUAUGGGGCAAGCAUAGCCAUGCACAAGUUACCUCUGCGUGA